ACACGACAAAGAUGCUCCUUCCUCUGAUUUUCCUGCAGCUGCUUGUGGCCCCUGCAUUCAUGGUGCCCAGUCUGGAUUACUGGGAUGCAUGGGGUCCCUAUGGAGAGUGCAGUCGGAGCUGUGGUGGUGGUGUGACCGUUAGAACAAGGCGCUGUAUCACUCAGAGGACUGAUGGAGGGCAUAACUGUGUGGGCCCAGACAAGUCUUAUCGCAUCUGCAACAUCCAGGAUUGUCCAGAAGGAUCCAGGGAUUUCCGGGAAGAGCAGUGUUCACAGUUUGACGGGACUGACUUCCAGGGAAAACGCUACAAGUGGCUUCCAUAUUAUGGAGCAGAGAAUCCCUGUGAGCUGAACUGCAUGCCAAGAGGUGAAAACUUUUACUACCGCCAUCGCAGCUCUGUCGUUGACGGUACACCCUGCCACCCGGGACGGAGGGAUAUUUGUGUGGGGGGAGUCUGUAAGCGUCUGGGCUGUGACAACAUGCUGGACUCGUCUCAGCAGGAAGACCCCUGUCUGCAAUGUGGGGGUAAUGGCCGGUCCUGCUAUCCCAUCAAGAACACCUUCGCCGUACGCAACCUGCCAAAUGGCUACAACCAGAUGUUCAUUAUCCCUGUUGGAGCCACAACCAUCAGCAUCAGAGAGAAAACAGCCACACGCAACUACCUUGCCAUCAAGAACUUGCGUGGCGAGUACUACCUCAAUGGCCACUGGGUUAUUGAGUUUUCCAGGGCCACCCGCAUUGCGGGUACCAUGCUCUACUACCAACGAGGGGCUGAGGGGGAAAGUGUACCUGAGACCAUCAUUGGCCGCGGUCCCACCACUGAACCACUUGUUGUUGAGCUGAUCAGCCAAGAGCCUAACCAGGGCAUCGAGUAUGAAUACUACCUUCCAAAUGGACGGUCCAGAGAGGGUUACUACUGGAGCUAUGGAUCGUGGUCUUCUUGCAGCAAAGAGUGUGGAUCAGGCUAUCAGUCUCGCUUGGUUUUCUGCACGAUUGACAAUGAAGCCUACCCGGACUAUCUCUGCGCUUCCUUGCCAAGACCCCAGUCUAACCGUACAUGCAACCCCCAGGCAUGCCCACAGACCCAAAGCUGGAGAACUGGUGAGUGGAACGCCUGCUCGGUUACCUGUGGUGGGGGCUCUCAGCUGCGCACCGUGCAGUGCAUAUUGCAUGAUGCCGCUGGUCCCCAGGUUGUGGAGGACGCCAUUUGUGCCGCCUAUGCUGAUGCUCCUCCCUCUCUGCGGACCUGCAACAUGCACAAAUGCGCAGAGUAUCGAGUGACUGGAUGGAGCUCAUGCUCAGUGAGCUGUGGUACAGGUGAACAGACCAGAGAGGUCACCUGUGUGGGAUCAGGUGGGGCAAUGCUAGAGGAACCAGCCUGCAGGACUCUGCUUCGCCCACCUUCCAUCCAGACGUGUGAGAUGCCCGCCUGUCCUAAACAGAUACGUUGGCAUGUAGGAUCAUGGGGCCUGUGCUCAAAAAGCUGUGGUUCUGGCUCACGAGAGCGUCAGGUGAUCUGCUCAGACCAGGAGAGGAACCUCUAUCAAAUAGACCAGUGCAACUCCCACCCCAAACCCUCUACAAUGGAGCGCUGCAACACCCAGCCAUGCUUUAGACCACAGGUCGUCCCAAGCGUCCAGGACCCACAAGGACAUGACAGCAGCCAGACCAGCUUCCAGCCGUAUGUGCCAGAUCAUGCAACAGCCCACAGACCGGAUACAAGAGAUCCCACCCACAUAAAUACCGUGCAAGACCCUCACAGCUCCUCCGUGGCCCUCCACUGCAGCCAGUCCUACUAUGGCUGCUGCCCAGAUGGACGCACCUCAGCCAGGGGCCCCCAAGGUCUGGGCUGCCCACAGUCUCCAACUCCCACUCCUGUCCCGUCCUCCUGCAUCCAGACAAGUUAUGGCUGCUGCAGAGAUGGUGUGACAGCUGCUCAGGGUCCCAACAAAGAGGGCUGCUUGGAGUAUGUGGCCCCUACACCCACGGUUGCUCCUCUUCCAACUGAGAAUGCUGUAGAGUGCCGCAUAACCACUUAUGGAUGCUGCUUUGAUCGGAAGACACCAGCAGGGGGUCCAAACGGAGAGGGCUGCCCCAACCCACCCAACCACAUUGAGCGAUCCAUCUGCUCCCUGCCCCGUGCUGCUGGUUCCUGCAGCAGCUGGACCUCAAGGUACCAUUUUGAUGUCAUCACCUCCAAGUGUGUCCACUUCUGGUAUGGAGGGUGCCAUGGCAACAGCAAUAACUUCAUGACCAUAGCAGAGUGCCAGAGGGCAUGUCAGGUUUCAGUGUCAAGCCAGAGGCUCCCUCAGCCUGCCACCCCUUUUGGAGAGUCGGCUUCAGCCAGAGAAUCUUCCCCCGAAAGGACCACGUCUGGAAGAGCAGUAUCUCCCUCUGCAGCGUCUCCAGAUGCAGAGUCUCGUAACAUGGGGCGCACUUUAACAACGCAGGGCAGCUCGUCAAGUGACACCGUCAGACACGGCACUAGUGCAGGCAGACACGCCCACAGAGCUCGGGUGUAUCUGAGGGCACGUCGUCCUUCACGGGCUCAGCUCACAGGGCCAGCUGCGAGUUUUUCCCUGCCGAGUGUAAGUAUUGAUAAGAGCGACCCGGACCAUAUAGAAGCUUUGGUCGGCCAGACUGUGGUGCUGCCCUGCAGAGUCAGCCCUCCACCCUCAUCUACCAUCAUCGUGGAGUGGAGAAGAGAUGGAGUGCCUCUGUCGGCUCAAAGACAUCACCAGCAGCCCAAUGGAUCCCUGUUAGUUGGCCCUCUAAUGAAGUCAGACUCUGGUUGGUUCUUGUGCUUUGUCACUCAUGAACGGGAGAGAGAUCACCGCUACAUUCAUUUGUCUGUUUCAGAGGCUUCAUCUCAGCUCUAUCCAACGCGCCUGCCUAAAGAUGGCCCAAUCCCCAGGUUCACUAUUGAUCAGUCAAGCCCAUCAUCAAUAGAAAUGCAAACAGGACAAACUUUAAGACUCCCCUGCACCAUCCUUCCAGCUGCAGCUCUGCAGUCUGUCAGUAUUCAGUGGACCAAAGACGGAAGAACCCUCAGUGACUCCAGGAUUACCCAUCACAGUGACGGUGCCUUGAUCAUCAGCCCCCUAACAGCUGCAGACUCUGGGGUCUACACAUGUACAGCUGCCAGCCAACAGCAGCUGGAGCAGAGGCAGCUGCAACUCAGGGUCCAAACUGACCUGAAGAUCACUACAGCACCCAAUAAUGUUCAGGUGUCUGAAGGCAGCACGGCUCUGCUGCCGUGUGUGGUGUCUGGAGAUAACGUCAACAUAGGCUGGUCCAGGAAUGGAGUGCCAGUGCGUCCAGACGGACAUAAUAUCCUGGUUUCAUCUGAUGGCAGCCUGAUCCUACAUAAUGUAAAGGCCUCUGAUGAGGGAACCUACACCUGUAAUGCUUAUACAGGCAUAUAUUCUGUGAGCGCCACAGCUGAAGUUAGGGUCCUUAAAGACGCACAAGGUGGUAAUGUGCAGCCGGGCUGUGUGGACCAAAAUGAUCUUGCCAACUGCAAACUCAUAGUUUACGCCCGACUGUGCGACCAUCAGUACUACUCUGGUUUCUGCUGCGCCAGCUGUGCCAAGCAUGCCUCAAAGAACGGCAGGAAUGGUCGGUCGGCACGUGUUUUGAUAGGCUGAGCAUUCAGCUUUCAACUCCUGCACCAAAUGGAAUCCAAAACCAGGACGAAACGAUGCAGAUUAUCUCUUAAAAAGAACUGUUCUACAGUCAGCACUUUGCUCAGAUUAUCGUCUGCAUUAAACACAACAGACUUCAACUUCAAACAUCCCAUAUUUAAUGUACUGGAUGUGAGGAGGCACUGGAAAUAAGCUAUUUAAUCACUGGAACUGUGUGUUCUCUGUUUUUAGAGAAUCAAAUUAUCUAAAAAAUAAUGUAGCUUCCUGUGCUUCAUUAUUUUUAAAUCCUUUUAUUUUUGAAUCAAAAUGUUUGCAAGUUCACUUGUUGUUGAUGCCAACACCUGUUUGACCUUUUGUGU